AUUCUUAAUCAAAUAAUUUAUUGUAUUUAUAUUACACAGGCACCAUGCCAUCAAGUUGCACUGCAUACAAUUGUUCAAACAGAAGUGAUCAAGGCUAUGCAUUGGCAAGAUAUNCGCAUGAUGAAGGUUUAAAGAGAAAAUGGAUUGCUGCAGUUGAAAGAGGCAAGAACUGGUCACCUAGUAGUUUUCAAAAACUACUUUGCGAGAUACACUUUAAGCCAUCAGAAAUCGAAUUUGUUGCUAGACGCAAACGUGUAAAGUUUGAUGCAAUUCCAUCUCGUGUUCUUCAAAAGAUCAAGAAAACUGUCGUAGAAAGUUAAGAAACAUCUCGAAAAAUGGGAAUGGUUCUUAUCUGCGUCAAAUCUCUGCUGAUAAACACAAUGAUUCUUGCAUUGCUAUGCAACCUCCUAUUAAGACAAAUGAAAUAUUACAUAAACCAGAGGAAUUCAUUGAAGAAAUACGCAGAGAAAAUGAUAUGUUGAGGAAAGUUGUUUCCUUUCUUCAACAAACAUUGGACAAUAGAAAACAAUGAUCUUGUAAUUGUGGCAUAUAUAAAUUGAAAAAAUCUCUUAAAACCUACGUACUUAAAACCUGUUUUUAACAAAGAGAGAUUUUUUCAAUUCGAUUUCUGAUGGCUUAAAGUGUAUCUACAAAACAAUCACAAACAUGCUGUAAUUCUAACAAUAUAUUGCAUUAUUAUAUGUUUAUCUUUUGAAGUAGAAAAUUAGAACAUAUUGCACAUUGCUACUAACCUCGCAAAGUAGUUUUUGAAAACUACUAGGUGACCAGUUCUUGCCUCUUUCAACUGCAGCAAUCCAUUUUCUCUUUAAACCUUCAUCAUGCGNAUAUCUUGCCAAUGCAUAGCCUUGAUCACUUCUGUUUGAACAAUUGUAUGCAGUGCAACUUGAUGGCAUGGUGCCUGUGUAAUAUAAAUACAAUAAAUUAUUUGAUUAAGAAUUCUGUGUGUCACCAAAUAAUCAUUCACAAAAGGCGAUACACUUUGGUAUAUGUACCAUACGAUCGCCAAAAAUCGCCUAAACUAACA